UGGAGAUCACCAGUUACAAGGAGCAAUCUGAGUAAAUAAAAUGAAAAGCGCCAGGACAAGUACAACGUCGAGCUUACUGGGCUUGUUCGUGACGAUUCUGCUAGUCGCCUCUUUUGGCGUCGAAAUUUCUGCGAAGCGAGGCUGCUCGGCGUUCGGUCACUCAUGCUACGGGGGUCACGGAAAACGAUCGGAGAGUGAAAAUAUGAUGGACGCUGACCCAAAAAUCAAGGAAGACGUGCAGCUAGACCAAAACGUAGCAAUCCAGAACGGCGAAAGAGAGGCGCUUACCCAGAUUCUGCAGUUGCUUAAUCGUCAGGAUGAGCGCUUUGUUAAUUCGCUGCGUGAACGUUUGAGCCCGAAUUCUUGGUCAUUGAUGGUUAGAAAAUUGGUGGCACUACCCCGUCAUCAGUACCCAACUUAUUCCGACAUCCGAAACCCUUAUUAAUCAUGUUUGAAAACUUUCGUCACUGGAGACACUGUACAAUGACAAAUCUCACGAUAAUCUCUCCUAACAUACCUUGUUAAUAAACAUAUAUUUUGCUUUAAAUCGUUUAAUUUUAUGGUUUAGUUCUGAUA